GAUUAACUGUGGUCCUGGCACUGGCCACUCUCACAUCUGCAUUUGGCUCAUCCUUCCAGUAUGGAUAUAAUGUGGCCGUCAUCAACUCUCCAGCACCAGUAACCUUGCAAGAAACACAUACGUGUAAUGCGCAUAUACAUACACUUUUGUGCUGAUGCUGAUUUUUGUCACGUUUUGCUCCUGCUUCAGUUCAUGCAGCACUUUUACAAUGUCACCUUCACUGAGCGACAUGCGACGCCCAUGGGGGAGAACCAGCUGACUUUGCUGUGGUCUCUGUCUGUGUCCAUGUACCCCCUGGGAGGCUUCUUUGGCUCUCUCAUGGUGGCCCCUCUGGUCAACAAACUGGGAAGAAAGGGCACUCUCCUUUUCAACAACAUCUUCUCCAUUGUGCCUGCGUUGAUGAUGGGAUUCAGUGAGCUGGCAAAGUCCUAUGAGAUCAUUAUCGUGGCUAGGUUCAUAGUGGGCAUCUGCGCAGGUCUUUCAUCCAACGUGGUGCCAAUGUACUUGGGUGAACUUUCACCCAAAAACCUGAGAGGUGCCAUUGGCAUCGUACCGCAGCUCUUUAUCACUAUUGGCAUCCUCAGUGCUCAAAUCCUGGGAAUCAGAAACAUAUUGGGCAACAGCUCAGGUUGGACCCUCCUGCUGGGUGUUACUGGCAUUCCUGCUUUGAUUGAGCUCCUGCUGCUUCCAUUUUUCCCAGAGAGCCCCAGGUACACGCUCAUCCAGAGGGGCGACGAGAUGACCGCAAAGAAAGCGUUGCAGAGCCUGCGCGGCAGGGAGGACGUGACUGAAGAGCUUUCGGAGAUGCAUCUGGAGGACCGGUCGGAGAGGGCAGAGGGUCGCUUGUCCGUGCUGUCCCUGCUGUCCCAGCGGUCUCUUCGCUGGCAGCUGGUCUCCAUCAUCCUUAUGAACAUGGGGCAGCAGCUGUCGGGGGUGAAUGCGAUCUACUACUAUGCAGACAGCAUAUAUGCCACCGCAGGGGUCGCGCAGAAUGACAUCCAAUACGUCACAGUAGGAACGGGUGCCGUUAAUGUCUUCAUGACCGUAGCAGCUGUUUUCAUCGUAGAAGCCUCAGGACGGCGCCUCCUCCUCCUCAUUGGCUUCGGGAUUUGCUGUGGUGCGUGUAUCCUGCUCACUGUUGCUCUCGACUUCCAGAAAAGUGUGACAUGGAUGCCCUACAUCAGCAUCACGUGUGUCAUCAUCUACAUCACCGGACAUGCUAUCGGACCCAGUCCCAUCCCUUAUGUGGUGACCACUGAGAUGUUCCGGUAUUCGGCCAGGCCUGCUGCCUUCAUGGUGGCGGGCUCUGUCCACUGGCUCUCCAACUUCACCGUUGGCCUCCUAUUCCCCUUUAUGGAGUUGAACUGGUGGCAAGCCCUCAGAUGCGUGCGGGACCGGUACGGGAUGCCGGUAGUUGCUCGCUGAGGCUCCGCCGACCGAUCGUGGCUAGGAAAAGCGAUCGAAGCCGCAUGGCCGGUUUCUUCGAUGGAAAACGCAGCCGGCUUGCUUGGGGCGGGCGUUCGCGCCCGUGGUGGCCCCCGGAGACGCCCGAGGACAAUGGAAACAAAAAAAGGGGGAGGGGGUUGGCAGAAGGCCACCCCGGCCGGCCUUCUGCCAGCAAGACAAGAGGCGAGAGAAAAAAGACUAGAAGGAGAAGGUGUGAGUUAAGAGUUAAAUACCCCAGAGGAGGGGCGUGGGCGAGAGGGAUUGCCAACUCGGAGAAGACCACACCCAUCAGCCUGAAACUUGUCUACAAAUUUGAUCAAAUGGGUUUAAAAUCGUAUUAAUCUAAAACACUCCCAACUUUGUACUCUCGCGCAUAGAAUCGUUGUUUAAACUUUGUUCGUGGCAGAUCGGUUGCUUAUUGUUCAAUACAACAUUUCGCACUGUUUGAUUUCAAAUCACGAGGAACAGCUUUCAAAAUCUUGACACAGACACCACGGCAUGCAUUUGGAAUAUUUCUACAGCGUUUGUAAGAUAUCAAAACGGACAUUUUAUUUGACGAUAUUUGUUUGACACUGUCAUUGUUUUACUAGUUUUUAAUCAAAUGAUUCCGAUCUCUGAUGUUACUGGACAAUUUGGAGUAAAGGUGAUCUUUUGAAUCAUUCCGAAGGAUUCUUGUAAGGGUGAUGAUUGUUCAAAUUCAGUACAUAUGCUUCCAUUAUGCAAAAAAAAAUAAAUAAAUAAAUAAAUAAAAUCAUAUAUUUUUCUCUCUCGUUGCUUAUGUGUGGAAUAAUAAAUUGUGGGUUGCUCCAUUAUGGUCACUCAGUGCUUACAAAAAUGUAUUGCACAUAAAGAGACCAUCCGGCAUCAUGACUUUGAGGACUUUUUCAAUUUCAGUGAGCUGUCAGAUUUGAGCAUUUUAAACGGGAAUGUGCGAUUUCAAACUGAGUUAAUCUAUUGAGACAUUCUGUGCACUUUCACUUCCUUUUGUAUCGUUAUGUACUGUAGUAGCAUUUUAAAAGCAUCAAGAACAGAUG